GGAAUAAUAUGGUGUCUUUUUGUAAUAUCACUCAGUAAAAUACCGCGUGAUGUUUACAAAGCUAAUUUCCCGCUUGUCAACUUCUGGUCAAUGUGCUAAAAGAACAUUUCUGAGAAAUUACUCAACAAAAGAUAUCAAACGCUUCUACAAGAAUGUUACAGUUACCCAGGGAUCUAAUGGAUAUGAAAUAAACUUAGAUCAAAGGAAAUUAAAAACACCUGGAGGAAAUUUAUUCAUUGUACCAACGGAAGCUUUAGCCUUGGCGGUCCUUAAUGAAUGGGAAUCACAAGAAGAUACAUCUCUCUGCAAUAUAUCAAUUGAUAAUCCAACUCAUCGGGAUAAAGUGACAACGAUCAAUGGGAUGUUAGAGUUUUUGGAUACUGAUACGAUAUGCUACAGAAUGAAAGAACCGGAAGAUUUAGUUAAACUUCAAAACGAAAAAUGGAAUCCUAUAAUAGAAUGGGCAAAUGAAAGAUAUAAUGUUGACAUUGGUUUGACAUAUGGUAUUGGUAUGUUGAACAUCUCAAAGGAAACGAAACAAAUAUUCACUCAACACCUUAAUUCUUAUAAUGAAUUGGCUUUAUUCGGAUUUCAACAAGUGAUUGAGACGUUGAAGUCUUUUAUUUUAGCACUUUCUUUAGUGGAUAAAAAAAUAAGCGUGGAAACAGCAGUCAGUUUAUCUAGAUUAGAACAGGAUUAUCAGACACAAAAGUGGGGGAAUGUCGAAUGGUUUCAUAAUGUUGAAACAUAUACAAGUGAAGCAAAAUUGGCUGCAGCAGCUUUGUUUGUCUAUUUAACUACUAAUAGUGAAACUUCCAAUUCGAAAAGGAUAAAUAGAAUGACUUAA